AGAAAAAUUACCAUGCAUUAAACUCAGGAACAUGCACAUAUUUAUCGGAUCUGAAGUUCUGAACCGACUUAAUCCUCCUAUAUUAAUGCAUGAUCACAACAACCAAAACAGCUUAAAGUUAGCUUAAAAACCAAACCCUCACUAUUAAGUAUUAACACAAAAACUAAGGCAUAGAAAAACACAUACACAAAAGUUUAAGAUUUAGAAGCAUGAUAAUUCCAUUAUACAGAGUUGCUGGUCCAUCUGAAUAUCUAGCCAUAACAGGAUGGAAUAUCCCAGAUAUCAAACUAGCGAAAAAAGCACUUAUUCAUCCAGGCCAACGUUAUGUACGUGUGAAUGUGUCACCUGUUAACUACACCUUUGAGGUGCAAGCCAUGAGUGCUGAGAAGUUACCAUUCUUGCUGCCUGCUGUGUUCACUAUAGGCCCUCGCGUCGACGACGAUGAUAGCCUUGUGCUGUAUGCUAAGCUCAUGGCACCACAUGACAUGUCCUCUAACCAUGUUAAUGAACUUGUACAAGGUAUUAUCGAGGGCGAAACUCGUGUUCUUGCUGCUUCCAUGACAAUGGAAGAAAUCUUUAAGGGGACUAAAGAUUUUAAGAAGGAAGUUUUUGAUAAGGUGCAGUUGGAGUUAAAUCAAUUUGGACUUAUUAUAUAUAAUGCUAAUAUUAAACAACUUGUUGAUGUUCGUGGUCAUGAGUAUUUUUCUUAUCUGGGUCAGAAGACUCAGAUGGAAGCUGCUAAUCAAGCUAAGGUGGAUGUUGCAGAGGCCAAGAUGAAGGGAGAGAUAGGGGCAAAGCUAAGGCAAGGACAAACUGCACAAAAUGCAGCGAAAAUCGAUGCAGAAACCAAGAUCAUAUCCACAAAAAGAGAUGGAGAAAGCAAGAAGGAAGAAGUCAAGGUUAAGAGUGAGGUUAAGAUAUUUGAGAAUCAGAAGGAUGCUGAUGUUGCAAAAGCAGUUGCUGAGCUUGCUGCACAGAAAGCCGGGUGGUCUAAGGCCGCGCACCUAGCUGAGGUUGAAGCUAAGCAGGAAGUUUCUAUUAGAGAGGCCGAGCUACAGGUCGAGGUGGAAAAGAAAAAUGCUCUCACUAGGACUGAGAAACUCAGGGCUGACCUCCUUAGUAAGGCCACUGUUGAGUAUGACAUUAAGGUCCAAGAAGCAAACCGAAACCUAUACAACAACCAAAGAGAAGCAGAUGCAAAUCUGUAUGAGAAGCAACAGCAAGCCGAGGCAGAGAAGGCAACAGCAGAGGCUGCGUUCUACACUCGCCAGCAAGCAGCUGAUGCAGACCUUUACAGCAAGAAGAAAGAGGCUGAAGGAAUUGUGGCCCUUGCUCAAGCGCAAGGAUUCUACCUCAGUACCCUUCUCAAGGCUCUUGAUGGAAACUAUGCUUCAUUAAGGGACUACAUGAUGAUCAAUUCAGGAACAUUCCAAGAGAUGGCGAGGAUCAAUGCUCAAGCUGUUCAGGGUAUGCAGCCGAAGAUCAGUAUCUGGUCAUCAGGGUCUGGUGGGGCUACCUUGGAGGGUGGAAGUGGGUCUGGAGGGUCCAUGAGAGAUGUCGCCGAGGUCUAUAGCAUGCUGCCUCCACUUCUGAAGACGGUACACGAGCAAACUGGGAUGCUGCCACCUACUUGGCUUGCCACUCUGACUGAUACUGCUGGCAGUGGUUCUAUUGCCCAGUGAACUGACCUCUGAAUUCUGAUUGAUUGAGAACUAAAAUAAUAAGGGGCCAAGUUUAACUGUCUAGUAUAUAUAGAAGG